CUAGUUAAUGCUAAAAAGGAUCCAUGUAUUUACUUAUUUUUAUUUUCAAACUGGUUUUGUAAAGGUUUUAAACGAAAUUGAGACCUUAAUGUUUGCAUGGCGCGUGCGCUUCUUAAGGAGGGAGUUAGCUUAGAAGAGGCGUCGUUCCGCCGUCUCGUCGUCGUUUUGCUGCAAGCUGUUCUCCCAUCCUGUUCAUCCCAGCAGCCCAUCCCUCCCUCUGUGGGCGUGGUGUGAAUUGGGAAAACAAACUGCAGACGCUCUCCGGUACUUCCUCACGCCGCAUCAGUGAAGUUUCUCCGCCGUUCCCGCGCCUCGUAGUUAAGAGCGUGCCGAAAAGAAGAAGAAGAAGAAGUGGGAUAGACCCGGUGAAAACGGAGGGUCUACGGCCGGACGGUGGGCACGGGGUCCUGGUUUUUCAUCCAAUGGAGGGAGCGGGCUGCAGCACGGAGAGCCGAGCGCCGACAGCAGAGUGAGCGGGCGGGCCCUCAGGAGCCGUCAUGUUCUAGUGACGGUUUCUUUUUUAUUAUUUUUUAUUUAAAUUAUUUUUAUUUUUGAGCGAAAGAAGCAGCAGACAUGAGCGGCGGGGAGAUCAUCUUCCAAGGCUGGCUCCGAAAAUCCCCCCCGGAGAAGAAACUCCGAAGAUUCGCAUGGAAGAAGCGUUGGUUCAUUCUCCGCAGUGGCCGCAUGAGCGGUGACCCAGAUGUCCUGGAGUACUACAAGAACGACCACUCGAAAAAGCCCAUCCGGGUCAUCGACCUGCACUGCUGCGAGCAGGUGGACGCCGGCUUGACCUUUAAGAGGAAGGAGUUCCAGGACAGCUUCGUUUUUGACAUUAAGACUUCCGAUCGGACCUUUUAUCUUGUUGCUGAGACUGAGGAGGAGAUGAACAAGUGGGUCCGCUCCAUCUGCCAGCUGUGUGGCUUUAACCAGGCAGACGACGCUCACGAUGGCAGGUUACUCAAUAUGCCGCGGUCAGUCGGUCCAGACGCCACCGGCUCCAUGGCUCCUCUGAGCGGCGAGCGCAAGACCUCAGCGCCCAUCCACUCCAGCCAGCCGGUCCUCUUCACCUUUGACGUGCCUGUACGCCACUCGCACCACGGCUCCCUGUCCAACAGCGCGCCCCAGGACUACCUCCUCCUCCACCAGUGCAUGAGCAGGAAGACGGAGAGUGCACGGAGUGCCAGCUUCUCUCAGACGACUCGCAGCAGUGUGCUGUCAGGGAGUGACUCUCCGGUCCAGAAACUCUCCUAUGGCUUCUCACACUGUCUGAAUGGCACCGGAUCUCAGCUGCACGGCUUCUACAGCCUCCCCAAGAGCGGGAAGCAACAGCUCAGCGUGCACGACGGCUCCCCCCAGGAGGCCUGCUACGUCCUGCCGCGGGGCUACAGCUCGGAGGCUCCAGUCCACAGCAACUUCGGCGACCCCGACCUGGAGAAUGACGAGGUCUACACCUUCAAAACCCCUUGCAACGCCCUCGCCACCAUGCACAGCAACGAGCGCUCGCCUGACAACUACGACUUCCCCACAACGCCCGGCUCCUUCUAUCAGAUCCCACGGACGUUUGACAAGAACCACAAUGCGCUCACGCCCCCCACCUCAGAAUCCUCCGGCGCUCCUCCUCCCAGGCCCCCCAAGCCUAGCCAGGGGUCAGAGGGGCAGAGGGGGAGUCCCCACUCAGCUGGUAGUCAGAAUGGGGAAGUCAAGUCAUCAGUCAUCCCACGCAGGAACACUCUCCCUGCUGUUGAGAAUAUCAGACUGCACAGAGGUUCCUCCUUUGAAACCAACAACCAUCAUCGCCUUCAUUUCAACAACCAGUCCGUAGAGUCAGUCAACGAUGGAUUCAGCUCCUACUUGCAGCAGCGAGCCCAGGCGCCUCUGACGCGCUCAGACAGCGGCAACUCGGAUGACAACUACGUUCCCAUGAAUCCCGGCUCCUCUCCGCUGAGCGCCUCCCAGGCUGACAAUCCCAAUGACAUCUACAUUCCUAUGACCCCUGGACCACACUUUGAUUUCCCAGGAUUCUCUGCCACGUUACCUGCCCGCAAGGGCAGCAGCGCCUCACUGUGUCACCGGCCCACUCGUUUCAGCGAUGUCACGCCUCCGCCUAUCAACCGCAACCUGAAACCUAACAGGAAAUCAAAGCCGACACCUUUGGACCUAAAAAACAAUGGGAUCAUCGACGAGCUGCCGUUUAAGAGCCCGGUUACCAUGUCCUGGACACGACCCAUGCCUCCGAUGAACUCUGUGUCCUCGCAGCAAUGUCGUCCCAUUUCCACCCAAAGCAUCACCAGCACUGACUCCGCAGACAGUGAGGAGAACUACGUGGCCAUGCACAACCCAGUGUCUACCUCCCCGGCUGUGAGCAGCACCAACAGCCCAGCUCCCAGGAAGUGUGGUAACGUAGAUUACCUAGCACUGGACUUCCAACCCGGAACCCCCAGCCCACACAGAAAACCCUCAACGUCCUCCGUGACAUCCGACGACAAGGUGGACUACGUGCAAGUGGACAAGGAGAAGACUCAAGCGCUGCAGAGCACCAUGCAGGAGUGGACUGAUGUGCGGCACUCUGCUGAUUCUGCAAAAGGGGUCAAGUCCUGACACUAACUCAAAGAGAAAAACUGUGACCCUGGAAACAACAAAGGCUCUAGCCAAGCAUCUCCAGUUGCUAUCUGUCCCAUAAAUACCAUUCGGACAUGUUUAAGACUGAAAAAUAUGGACAAAAAGCCAUAACUCAUCCAACGCCCGUCCUGUUUUUUAACCAUCACUCCUGCUGCGCACGCUAGCAAGCAGGUUAUACAGACGAAGUGCCCGGCCAAAGCUAAAACACAGACUGUUUAAAAAAAAAAGAAAAAAAGUCAGUGUUGACCUAAUGUUCUGAAAUCAAAGAUCCCCUCUGCAACUAACCACUUCUCUUGCAGCUCGCUGGAAACCUGCAGGAAAGGAGAGUGCCAGAUAACUGGUCGAUAACUCUGUACUAGACUGUGAGAGAACACAUGCUGGCCUCAGGAAUGCCAAGAUUCUCUUUUGGCACUCAGGCUGGCUUUCUCUUUUCUCUUCAGUCUGUCGUUUGUGCUGAGUUUUGCAAAAAAAAAAGAAAAAAGAAACGGCAGAGAGAUUAUUUUCUCUGCAGGCGAUCUUUUCAGCUUAGCUGUGCAUGACUGGUAAGAGGAGAGAGGGGGAACAAUAUAGCCAUAAAAUAAAAAAAAUAUAAAAUAUGCAAAAGCCUGUCAGAUGUCCUGAUAACCACACAUGACUGUUGCCUCGGUUCUGGCUAAUAUGGGGCCAAACCUUAUUUAAAUAGCCAUCAGGCUCGGCCAGUUUUUAUUUUUUCUUUCUUAAGUGCAGUUACUGAGUCGAUAAAGCUGCAGGAUGAUGAAAACAAAGCAGACAGCGCUCUUCCAGGAACCGUUGGGAGGAAGAGGGAUUUCCAGAUGUUUCUGGCCCUUUAUGCCUAGAAAGAUCCGCAUUACUGUCUUUAGGCCUCAUACGCCAAACACUACAGGUACAUCCAAAAGUAGCCAUAUCUUUAGUCAGAAUUUCCUGAUUAAAUUUUGUACACUGAAGUGCAUCUUGCUGACUGCUGCGCUGCAGUCAUGUCACAUGGCAGCCAGCCACCGUGAAGAUUUUCCACUCAUCGUAUUUACUUAAAAUAACUGAGGAAAGAAUGUGAAGUGCAUUUUUCUUGUUGCGGAAAUGUUUUUAAUUUGCCUCAUUCCCGGGGAAAUGUUUUUCAGAUGAUUUUCCAGGACCACACUGUAUUUAUUUAAGGACCCACUCCGAUGAAAAUUGUGUUUUUAACAUGUUCCUGUGGCAUUUUUUGAGGAUUGAAGACGCAUAUUACAAAAACUAUGCUUAAAAUUGCACUUCUGAGUUUUCCAAAUCGUUAUGAAUUAGGAGAAAACAAAAAAUGCAAUAUAAAAAAUGAGAGAAAAUACAUGUUAGCUUGGGGUGUGAGGCUGAAAGUUAAUGAGAGAGAUCUCUUUAAGGGGGAGGGGAACUGCUCCGCCCACAACUCAGACACAUUUCUAAGGAACUACUCACUAUUGCCAUUUUUUUAGGGGUGUCCGAGACGCCAAUUCUAAAAUCCAGUUCCCCUCGAAGUCUCUGUGGAAAAACAAGUGUGCAUGGAUGCUCACUAGAUUGGUGAAUAAGGACCACAAUGCAUUGCGUUUGAACGGUUUUUCCUUUGAGGAAAAAAAAAGUAUUUUAAUUUAUAUUUAAAAACGAGAUGAAAACCAAGUUUUUAUGUUCAGAACACAGUGGAUUCUUGAACAGUCUUCAAAAAUGUUAAGUUUUAACAUUGGGAAAUCGGUGAUACGACAGUGGUCAUAUUUUCCUGUUUAAAGAAAAAAACUGUAGUGAGCAGGGGGUCCAAACUUCUUUUAACCCUUUAACGCCUGUGCCUGAGUGUUUACGUUCUUUGAUUUACUUUAAUAUUUUAAUUGUUAACAUUAUCAUCUCCACCACUCUCUGCGUCGUAGGGCGACCUCCGGUGUCUUGGGGUGACCUUGGCCAUUCGCUACGUCGUGGGGCCACCUGCGGCCACCACGCUUUCGACAUUACCUCCGCCACUCUCGGCGUCACAGAGUGAGCUCAAACGGUCACGCAGUGAGCUUCAACACUCGAGCGUGUCGAGUGUUUAAAGAUGUACAAUCAUGACUUUUAUUCUAGAGCUCAGAACGUGAUGAUGUGAAACUUCUGGGACUUACACCAGUUGACCAAUCACACAAUUCAACUGUAAUGCCUCGUUUCAACCUGUAGGGUUGUAAAAAAUUUGCCCAGAACCAACAGACAGCACUUUUUAAGUCCCAUUUAUGAAGGUCAACAGCCAAAAAAAGUUGAUUUAGUGUUUGGUUACCCUUUAAAGAUUUUGUUUAAGCGUCACUGGCGAUGCCUCAGGUGUUAAAGGGUUAAAUUCAAAGGCACUAUAUAGUCCUUCACUGUAUUGUUUUUAGUACUUAGAGAGUUGGGUCGUAAUUUGGACAAUAAAGCGAAACUUAUUUUAAAUUUUGGCUAAAAACAGCAUAAUUGUAAUCAAAAGACGGCUUUAAAAAUACUAAAAGGAUGAUCGGAGUGGGACUUUAAAGCAACGGUCCCUAGCUGAAGUUGAGUCCAGAGUUUCAUUGUGGGCUGGAACCCACUCAUGGGUGAAUUUGACCUUUAACAGGAAUGCUCACGCAGAGCUGGACACUUACUCAUUAUUUCCAUUCUAAUCUUUUUUUUACAGCUUUUAAAAAAAACAAUCUUUAUUAUUUUUUUUCUGAUGCAUGAAGAAUGUCCUUACUCACUGACAUCAGGAACAAUGAAAGCAUUGCAGAGAGUUUCUAUUUCCUUUUACCUCUAAAUACCUUUAAAAGUAACGCCACCAUCUCCUCCAAAAAUGGGACGGCUUGCCGUCUCGGUUGUGAAACAGUUCCUAAGUGAAUUGAAAAAGAGACAAAGAAGAGUUGACAGACCUCGUCAUAUUCUGAAGUGAAAUGGACAUGUAAUUUAUUAUCUAGAGGGACGUGGUGUAAGCAGGAGAGUUGUGUAUGUGUUGUAGUUGUGAGUUGUGUUAAAACGACAGCCUGACUGGGCCAGACUCAGAUUUACUGUCAGACUGCCACUGGGUUGAUGUACUGUACUUGUAGAGAUCUUUUUUAUUAUUUUUAUUUUUUAUUUUUAACCACUGUUGUUGCUACUACUGUAAAGCAUCUGCAGAUUGCUUGUGUGUUUAUUUAUUAAUUUAUUGUGUGUUUUGGAGUUCAUGACUGUAAAAUAUUGAGGAAAAAAAA